UUUGUUCCCUCGUCCACCGAGCGACAGUGGCCAGUGGCGUAUCAUUUUUUCCAAACAAAUGCAAAAACAGUUUAAAGUUUAUACAACAUCGAAUAAAAAAGAUUCAAUUUGCCGGUUCAUGAGGAGGUCGCGAACUCCGUAACCCACAAUUUUGUCUGGAAGGCGAACAGACGAAAGAUAAAAUGUUACGUUGCAAGCGCUCAAAACCAAAACAACUCGUUUGUUGCUGUUGAACUCGUAACAAUAGUAGCGAUAACACGGGAAUGAUUCACAUUUGCCGGAGGGUGGUAACUACACCACUGCCGUGUCAAUCCUUCAAAAUAACACCCCUUGAUGGCCGAGGGUGAGAUUAAGUAUAAAAAUUGGGACUUUUAACCCCACUACCACACAACCAUUCCAGUUCCUUUAAGCGACACAUCCUCACACCGCAGGAACCGUUUUUUGGGCAUUCCACUGCUACAGCAUCGGCUGCAGCAACCGCUAUGUGUCCUUUCCACAACUUUAUCACCAUAAUUUUAGUUCUCACCGUUACAGUUAUUAUUUUUAGUGACAAAGGGACUGCGAUGAUUCACCUGCCCUGCAAGAGAUGUGCGACAAUCCAGGAAUGCAACGCUGAUCCGCCGCAGUUGUGUGUUUUUGGUGAAAACAGGGAUUAUUGUAACCGAAGAGUUUGUUCAAAAGGACCUGGGGAGAAAUGCGGGGACAGGUUCAACAUUUUGGGCACUUGUGGAGAGGGCCUAUGGUGUUCGAAUAAAGAUAACAGAUGUCAUGGAUGUUACAUUCCAACUAUGGCAUGCUAUCCAGAUGAUUAAUGUGAUCUCAAACUUCCGAAAACAACAGUAUUACUUACUUUUUGUUGUUAUGUUUGUAGCUUAAUGAAUAUUUAUAGAUGAUGUACUGCGAAAUCGUGCUUAUAUUUAUUUUAUUAAAAUACUCAGAUCUCAAGUGGUUUUUAAAAAUUGAUAUGUUUAAAGUGAAAAUAAAAUAUAUUUCCGUAAUAUCUGC